CGGUGCAUCCAAUCGGCACAGCUCUCUGGAACGGUUGAGGUAUUAAACUGAUCCUUCCUCUUCUCUGAUAGUGAUGAAGACAAGAGACGUGAUUGCUCCUGUGAGACGUCAAGAAGGAUUUGGGGCGUUAGGGGAACUACUUCUCUCCCAAGGACGACUGUGAAACAUAUUCCAGUUUUAGAGAGCUUAGAGAGAUCAGACUCGAAGUUAUCAGAUGACUUCCUUCCCGGCAGCGCGUAAGCAAUCUGUGCAUCGAGAGGUGGUUCUGUAAUUGCACGAUUCAAAUGCGAAUUCCAGAUAAAAUGGUAGAAAUGCGUCAAGGCGAGUGAUGUCCUGUUUGCUCAAGCGAGAAGGCGAUACCUCGGUCCGGACUGAACAAUCAGUGGCCAGAACCUCGACAUUGAAUGCUUUUCAGCACGUUGUCUUUACGCAAGCACAAGGCUCGAAGCAUAGCGGCAAACUCCGUCACUGCGGAGAAACGUUAUUGCGCCGAUGUCAAGGUGGCGGAGACGGAGGGCAGGCCUUACUAGCCGAGAGUCGCCAUCGAAACGAUCUCAAUAAGUGAGCUAGCACCGCCCACAGCUCGGCAUUUCGUUGACAACUCUACUUCAGGACUUGCGACAGUCCCUCCGAUGCCGGUGAAGAUAGUCCUCUGCUUGUCAUUGGGGUGAAAAUGUGUUGCUGAUGCUCGACAUGCUUUCACUGCCACCAUAAACCUUCUAUAACGUAGAUAUGAAGACCGGGCCUUCCGUCCAUUUUGCUAUUUGGAGAGACCGUUCUAGAUGUAGUAAAAAGCAUGAAGAAGAAAAAAGGCCCAAAAAUACUUUCAUGGCCCUGUGACAUUAGGCGCAUUGCAGUUACCACUAGGUAAUUGCAAUGUAGUUUAAGUACAUACUAAUCUAAAAUCUUUUAGCACUUUUGAGAACUACAUAGAAAAGUGGUUUUGAGCCUGA